CGCAGCUUGCGGCAGUGGCGGCGCGGAGCUGUGUGUGCGGGGCGGCGGCAGCUUUUCCCCCGCGAAGACCCGAGCUGAGUGGGGCCGGCGGCGCCUGCUGCGGGCUUAGCGCUUCCCCUGAGGCGGGGGACGGAGGCACGGUGCGGGGAGAGAGGAGGGUGCGCCCGCCUGCCUGCGCGGGCUCGGCUCGCCACGGUGCCCUGUGAGAAGCGAGAGGAAGGCGGCGGCUGCGGGGAGGAGGGCGCUGCCAUCGUCCUGCUGCACGGCAAGGCCAGCUUGACGAGCCUGGCCAUGGCUGCCAUCCGCAAGAAGUUGGUGGUGGUGGGGGACGGUGCCUGUGGCAAGACCUGCCUCCUCAUCGUCUUCAGCAAGGAUGAGUUCCCUGAGGUCUAUGUGCCCACUGUCUUUGAGAACUACGUGGCUGACAUUGAGGUGGAUGGCAAGCAGGUGGAGCUGGCCCUGUGGGACACGGCUGGCCAGGAGGACUAUGACCGCCUGCGACCCCUCUCCUACCCGGACACCGAUGUGAUCCUCAUGUGCUUCUCUGUGGACAGCCCAGACUCGCUGGAGAACAUCCCGGAGAAGUGGGUGCCCGAAGUCAAGCACUUCUGCCCCAAUGUCCCCAUCAUCCUGGUGGCCAACAAGAAAGACCUGCGCAACGAUGAGCAUGUGCGCAAUGAGCUGGCCCGCAUGAAGCAGGAGCCGGUGCGCACCGAGGAUGGCCGCGCCAUGGCCAUUCGCAUCCAGGCCUACGACUACCUAGAGUGCUCAGCCAAGACCAAGGAGGGUGUCCGGGAGGUCUUCGAGACCGCCACCCGGGCGGCCUUGCAGAAGCGCUACGGCACCCAGAACGGCUGCAUCAACUGCUGCAAAGUCCUAUAGGGUGCGGCUGGAGCGUGGUGCUGGGCACAGCACCUGGGUUACCUGUUGGCAGGCGGAGAGGAGCUGGGUUAUGCACGCACAUGGCAUCUGCCUGACGCCCCCGCUGGGGGUUGGUGAUUGAGGUGGGGGCUAAGGGAGGGAGCACACUCCCUUAGCCUUGGCCAAAAAGGGUUGUGAUGGCUCAGGCGUGGGGACAGAGGGAGGGGGGGAUUGCAUGCCCUGAGUAUUGGGAAUAAAGUGGGGAGAAGCCUUCUCCAACCACCGGCCCCUGCGAGUUAACUGCAGACACUCAACAACAAAAAGCUGCUGAGACUGGACUGAGCAAACUGUACCCAGCUCUUCUCCUUUGCCCACAACCUGCUGCUCCCAGCUCCCAGCCAGCUUCCUCUCUUUUGCAAGAGGAACGUGGCAGGGCUGAGAUGCUUGACGGGACUUCUGCCUCCUGCCUGCAUGUGCCCCCCCCCCAGGCAGGCUGGGGAGGGGGGCCGCAUCUCCCAGGCUGCCUGCAGCACCCCUCGCCUCUCCUGCAGAUGUUUAGGCCUGAGCCUGACCUGCUGUGGAAGUUCAUGCCCUGAAGACUGAGACUGGGAGGGGAGGGUCAUCCCAAGUGAAGCCUGUAUAUAUCUUACCUUUUCUGUCUUGUGCAAACUGGGGUGGUGCAGGGGGUGCUUAUUUACAGUGAGGUGGGGAGGGGAUGCCCAGCUGGGACUUGCGUUGUGCAAAGGAACUUGCCCUGAGUGGCAGAUGCCUGCUGAUAACGUGAGCCUUGAACUGAUGCCAGCUGCAGAAGCCUCCAGGCUGGAAAGUAAAGCUGAACUGCUCUGUCCUUGCUGGACAUCUUCCUCCUGAUGGAUGAGGCAGGAUGAGCAAGGGGGAAGGAGAUGAUAUUGCCAUAUUAUGAUCUUGGUGCCUGCUCCUUCCUUAACGUUGUCUUCUGCAAAUAUGUUCAUUUGGGUUUAUUUAAAAGUUUUGGUUUUGUUUUCUUUUUUUCAAAAGAAAUUACUUUGCACAACUUGGUGGAUUUUUUUUUUUUUUUUAAAUUACUCAAUGCACUUGUCAUCUGCAUACAACAGUGUAGCAUUGGAAACAUUCUUGCUCAGUAACCUCAUCUGGGUCUUGUUUUAAAUUGUGAUUUCAACACAAGACAAAAUGAAACCACUGUAUCUUUUUGCUCUGGAAACAAUGGGUGAAAGCACUGUUCUUCAUGCAGUGAAUACAUCAGACUUUAAUACUAAAGGGCAACUUAAAGAAUCUAGGUUUAUUUAAAACUUUAUUUUCACAGGGUAGCCAAUCCAGGUGAAAAUAAUCUUGUGUUUCUCUGGUUCAGAGAACAAUAUAUCCAUUUAUGUUUUGUUUACUUUUCUCCCUUUUCCCUCAACAGUGGUACUGAGGCUGUUUUCUGUUUUUGAUUUUAAUAAACUGACAUGGCAAAAACGGAGAUGUACAUGAUGUUUACAUAAAAUUAUGAACUGUGUAUGCAGUUUUUUAUGUAAAGUAUUAAAAGAUUCUAUGCUGA